AACGGAUUUGUCCGCCGGCCAGACGACAGCGAAUUGCCAUUUCGCGUUGGAGCUGCGAUUCCGAGUGGAACCUUAUCGUCGCGACCACUUGAAGAUGUGCCCGCAGCCAUAAAUCUCGGUCUGCUGAUCCCGAUAGGACCAGUUGGUGACCAGUUCUGGUAAAUAAAGUACACCCAGUUGCAACGCGAUCGCCGGCGAGAGCAGACAUGUCGUUGUCCUGGAGAAAGACGUUCGCCGCUUUCACAGUCGCCUGGCUGAGCACCUUGUGCCUCCUGCCAGUGGAGACCUUCUGUGAUACCUCCUACUACGAGAAGUACUACGCAGCCAGGCGCUAUGUGCCCCUCAAGCGGAACGCUCCGCUCACCUUUAACUUCACCCUAACUGUUCAGGACGGCGAUCAACUGGCCACCUUUGAGCGUCCCGCUUUGGUGGGCAACCUGCCCGCUUUGGGGUCCUGGCAAGCUGGACAGGCGGUGCUCCUGAAUCGAACCGAGGUGCACAAUGUGUGGACAGCCUCCGUGGAAUUCCCUCAGAACAGCAGCGUGGAGUAUCGAUACUUUGCUGCUGCCGUUGGCCAAAGUGGAGCAGUGCAGAUCCGCCGCUGGGAAUCGCAUGUCCAAUCCAGAUCCUUCAACACCACCAAGUUCAAUGGCAAUCGGAGCGAUGAAUUCGGAGUGAUAGAAGGAGAACACCAGUUGUCGCGUGGCUGGUUGCAGGACUCUGGCGUUAUCCUGCACUUGAAGGUGUUCCGCGAGGCUCUGACCUUGGAGGAGCAGCCGGAAGUGGGUCAGGGAAAGCUGCGCCUGCGGUUGCAACCCGUGGACCCGAGGAGCCUGUCACCCGUUUUGAGUUCGGCACGCGCCAGCUUGGAGUACGUGCGAAUGUCGUUUGGGGAUAGCAAACUUCGUGUUCAGCCGGAGUACGGAGUGCCCUACACCCCGGGUGAUAUACUCAUGUUCCACGUGAGCCUGGAGCAGCUGGAGCAGGUGGCCUUCCUGGUGGAGGUCUACGGCGAACAGCCGGAGGGUGGAGUGGUCCGCCUGCUGGGAUACUCGCACCUGCUGCACACCUCCUUCGCUGGAAGCGAGGGAAAGGUCUCCCUGGAUCUCCUCUCUCCUCUUUGGCAGCGCGUGGUGGGUGGACUCCAGCUGGAGUACCUGCUCAUCCGACCGAUGGAGAAGGAUGGCUUCGAUCUGCGCACCAGCUUCGCCAACUACUGGCGCUCCAAUUGGACAGCUCUGGAGAUUGGCCACCGGGGAUUGGGUCAAUCCCUUACGGUCACCUCCAAUGCAGCGCCUCUCAUCGAGAACUCGGUGGCCUCCAUGCUGGCCUCCUCCAAAAUGGGAGCCGAUCUCGUGGAGUUCGAUGUGCAGCUGACCAGCGAUUUGGUGCCCAUCAUCCAUCACGAUUUUUCGAUACGAGUUUGUAUUGACUCCAAGACUCCCACGAGUCGCGAUGAUCUGACUGAGGUCCUGCUGAAGGACAUAUCCUAUGAGCAGCUGAAGGAUCUGAAAACCUACCAGAUUGUGGGCAACAAGAUUGUGGAGUAUCCGGCGCACAACAAUGUGGAGCCGCCGGAGCAGCGACUCUUUCCCACGCUGCAGGAUUUCUUUGAACGGGUGAACCAGAGCACCGGAUUCGACAUCGAGAUCAAGUGGCCACAGCAGAAGAUCGAUGGAGAGUUCCAAAGUGAGCAGACCCUGGAUAAAAACCUCUUUGUGGAUCGAAUUCUGGCGGUGGUGCGACAACAUGGAUGCGGGCGACUGAAUGUGAUCAAGAGCUUCGAUGCGGAUCUGUGUUCCCUGCUGCGGUUCAAGCAGCACAUGUAUCCUGUGCUCUUCUUGUCCAGCAGCAAGGAGAAUCAAUUCACCGAUCCGCGAACCAGCACAGUGGAACAGAGUGUCAACUUCGCCCAGGCUUUUGAUCUGGGUGGCGUUUCACCCAACGCAGUGUUUGUUAAGGCAGAUCCUCAAUUGGUGCAACGGGCCAAGGCUCAGGUUCCCAUCGUCCUGCUCUGGGGAUCGGACAUCAAGGACCGCACCUCCAUCGACUGGUUCCUGCAGCAGGGGCCCACGGGAGUCAUCUACGACCGACUGGACCUUUGGGUGGGCGCCAACAGGACGAGCGCCUUCGAGGCGGAGCAGGAUCUGCCCGAAUUCUUCCAGCUCCAGUGCGAUCCGGCGAAGAAGGAGCGCGAAGUGAACUCCACCAUUGAGAGCAUCCUGAGCAACGUUAAUCUCCUGUAGAACCAGAUUUUUGUAGAGCCCCAAAACGAUAUAUAUUUCAAGUAAUAAAAGAACCAAAGAAUACCUUA